AACGCUGAGGGAGCGCUCGACGGAGGGCAAUGUCUAUGGUGAAUGUAGUUCAGCUGGAGUUAAACCAGAAACUGGAUCCAGACGAUUGUGAGGGAUUUGACAGCUUUGCACAUACUACAGUAUCAGUCAGUGUUCAUAGAUAAUACUGAUAUUAUGUGUUGUGUUACUGCAUAAAGCGCACAAACAGAUCAGCAGUGCGUGUUUUGAAUUGUAAGUGCGCAAUAAGCUCUGCUCAGCUCGCAGAUGCGUCCUAGAGCGCGAGACCGCAGACGCCACUUUCUGCAGUGUUUUAACAUCAGCUAACAGUGUCUUUGACUGACUUUCCAGUGCAAAACAUUAAUAAACGAAAAUGUCUAUGGAGUUAGAUGUGUUUGUGGGGAACACCACUGUCCUGGAUGAAGAUGUGUACCAGCUGUGGUUGGAUGGACAAACAGUCACAGAUGCGGUGAGAAUACGGAUUGAAGCAGGUGCCUUGCAGGAGUGUGAAGCCAAUGCAGAAGUUCUUCUUAGCGACACCAUGGACCAGUUCAGAACAUUCCAGAUGUGCGAGCGACUCCUCCAGUCCCCUUCUAAAGUGGCCAAUCAGCUUCUGUUCCAGAUCCCUCCUCACCGUCAAACCAUGCUUAUCGAGAGGGAGGUGCUGGGUAAGAAACUCUCCAAAGGGACCAAAAAAGACUUGGACGACAUCGGUUCAAAGACUGGGAUUGUGCUCAAGAGCUGUCGUCGACAGUUUGACAAUUUCAAGCGCGUGUUUAAAGUGGUGGAAGAGCUAAAAGGCCCCCUGGUGGAGAACAUACAGCGUCACUUUCUCCUGUCUGAUGUCCUGGCAAGGGACUAUGCUGCCAUUGUGUUCUUUGCUAACAGCCGUUUUGAGACAGGGAAGAGAAAGCUACAGUACUUGUCUUUCCAGGACUUUGCCUUUUGCGCUGGUCAGCUCAUCAGCUACUGGACUGUGGGAGCAGUUGACAACGUGGUGGAAAACAUGGAUGUUGAUCUAGAAAAAGAGUUUCUGCAUGACUUGAAAGACUUGAAAGUUUUGGUUAAUGAUAAGGACAUGCUGGACCAACACAAAAGCUUGGUAUGUGCACAGCUUAGAGGAAAAAUUAAAGUCUUUAGUGAGAUGGAGGCCAGUUUUAAGAACUUGUCAAGAGCUCUAGUUAACAUCGCGUCAAAACUCACACACACCAAAGAUGUCCGAGAUCUGUUCAUCGACCUUGUGGAGAAGUUUAUUGAACCGUGCCGGUCAGAUAAAUGGACAAUCGGAGAUCUCAGACUUUUCCUCACGCACUACAGCAGCUCUGUACACACGCUUGAGGCUUUCAGGCGUCAAGUAAUAUGGGACAGAUACAUGGGUGUCAUCAAAAGCUGCAUCCUGAAAAUGUACCAUGACUAGAACGUAUUUCCAUCGCUGGUGUCCAGUUAGCUUGACAAAUCUUUCUUCAAACCUUUAACAAGCCAGUCACCCUCUCAUUUAUAAAUCUUGCUACCUCAGUUCCCUUUGUAUAUUAAAGUAUUCUUAUACAGUAGGUUUAAUUUAAGUAAUAAAAAGGUGUUGUCCACAAAUCUGCCCUGUU